AUGAUGCUGCAGUACAUGUGCGGCGACAAGGUGCACACCGUCCACAACGCCGGCGCCUUCCACGGCGCCUUCCUCGCCCUUCCCGGCCCCAAGAAGGCCGUGGUGGGCGCCAUCGGCGCCAUGGCCCGCUCCGCCGCCUGCGACAGCCAAGCGCUCGCGCAGCACGCGGCCCACGACGCGGCGAUGCAGGGGGCGGCGCUGCGGGGGCGCGACGGUGACGUCAUUGCGGCGGGCGGCGGGGGCGCCAGCGGCGCGCCGGACGGCGGGGACGAGCUCGAUUGCGUGCGCGGGGCGGGCCGGCGGGCGGACACGCCGGCGCCGGCUGCGGUGUCCCCGUUCAAGGCGGUGGCGGGCACGCCGUACUCGUCGCCGAGCCGCGGCGCGAGCGGCAGCCUCAGCGACAGCCCCAGCAGCGUCAGCGACCGCGGCGGCGACCGCGGCGGCGACCGCGACCGCGGCUGCGGCGCGGCGCACGCGGUCGGCGAGGGCGACGAGGGCGCGCCGGGCGUUGCGCCGCACCACCGGGGCAAGCAGCAGAAGGGCGCCGCGGCGGCGUGCGCGCUGGCGGACGCCCCCAGCUGGGCGGCGGGCGGCGCCGACGCGAUCACCGCGGGCUGGGGCAGCUUCGGGGGCGCCUCCUCGUCUUCCGACGCGGAUCUCGCAGCGUCACCGGAGCGGCGGCGGCACGGCGGCGGCGGCGGCGCUGUCGCCACAGCAGGGGCGGCCGAGGGCGGCGGGGGCCGGUUCGCGCGGGGGCUGCGGUCCUUGCUGAGGGUCGGUGGCCCCUGA